UGUAAGUGGCUUUUCUCCAGAAUCGUGUCAGAUCUUUUUUGGAGUCACUGCCUGUCUCUCUCAGGUUUCAUCUGAAGACCGAAGUACGCUGUGGGCUUUGAUUACUUUUUAUGGAGGGAACUGCCAACUGAGCCUCAAUAAUAAGUGUACUCAUUUGAUUGUGCCUGAGCCAAAGGGGGAAAAAUAUGAAUGUGCUUGUAAACGGGACAGCAUUAAAAUUGUGACACCAGACUGGGUAGUGGAUUCUGUAGCUGAUAAGACCAAAAAAGAAGAGACUCCUUAUCAUCCUCGAUUAAUUAUAUACGAGGAGGAAGAAGAGGAGGAGGAGGAAGAGGAGGAAGAAGCAGAAAAUGAAGAACAAGAUUCUCAAAAUGAAGCUAGUACUGAUGAAAAACUAUCAAGCCCAGCAUCUUCUCGAGAAGGGUCACCUUUGGGUGAUCAAGGUUUUUCACCAAAAUCUACUACUGCUGAUAAGGCAAAAGGGGAACUGAUGUUUGAUGAUUCUUCAGAUUCCUCUCCAGAAAAGCAAGAAAGGAACUUGAAUUGGACACCAGCAGAAGUCCCACAGGCAUCUGCAGCAAAGCGUAGGUUGCCUCAAGGGAAGGACUCUGGGUUAAUUAAUUUAUGUGCCAAUGUCCCACCAGUGCCAGGUAAUAUUUUGCCUCCAGAUAUGAGAGGCAACCUAAUGGCUUCAGUCCAAGGUGCCCAAAGUUCUGACCGACAGGAGAUGAUGGCUACGUGGAGUCCAGCAGUGCGCACGUUAAGGAAUAUUACUAAUAGUGCUGAUAUUCAGCAGAUUAAUAGACCAUCAAAUGUAGCACAUAUAUUACAAUCACUUUCAGCACCUACAAAAAGUUUAGAACAACAAGUAAAUCAUAGCCAACAGGGACAUCCAAAUGCGGUGCUGUUUAGUCAAGUGAAACUAACAUCAGAGACACAUUUAUUACAGCAGUCACAUCAAGCACAGCAACAGCAGCAGCACCAUCCUCUUUUACACCUUCAACCUCAACAACUCAUGCAGCUACAACAGCAGCAGCAACCCCAGAUAUCCCAGCAGUCUUUCCAACAGCAACAGCCUCAUCAGUUUUCACAGCAGCAGCAAGUUCAUCAGCAGCACCAGUUUGCACAACAGCAGCUUCAGUUUCCACAGCAGCAGUUACAUGCGCAACAGCAGCUACACCGUCCUCAGCAACAGCUCCAGUUCCAGCAGCAGCAUGCUUUGCAACAGCAGCUUCAUCAGCUGCAGCAGCAGCAGCUGCAGCAGCAACAGUUGCAGCAGCUACAGCAACAGAAUCUGCAGCAACAGCAGCUGCAACAUCAGCAGCAACAAAUACAGCAGCAGCACUUGCAGCAGCAGCACUUGCAGCGAUUACAUCAACAGCAUCAGCAACAGCAAAUGCAGAAUCAGGCAGCGCAGCACUUAACUCAGACAUCUCAAGCACUACAGCAUCAAGUUGCAGCCCAGCAGCCACAACACCACCAGCAGCAACAGCAACAACUGCAACAGCAGCCACUUUUUGGACACGACCCAGCAGCAGAGAUUCCAGAAGAUUCUUUCCUCCUGGGCUGUGUCUUUGCCAUUGCUGAUUACCCAGAACAGAUGUCUGACAAACAGCUGUUGGCAACCUGGAAACGGAUCAUUCAAGCACACGGUGGGACAGUGGACCCAACCCUUACAAGCAGGUGUACGCAUCUUCUUUGUGAAAGUCAAGUCAGUAACAUGUAUGCUCAGGUAAGCAAGCCAGUGACAU